AUGUUCUGCAAGUACUUCCGGGAGGUGGGUGUCCCGCUUCGCCUAAGAACAGAUGGAGGCCCCCAGUUCACUAGCCAAGAGUUCCGUAGCUUCGCAGACCGAUGGGGCAUGCGACACAUUGUUACGUCCCCUCACUAUCCACAAGCUAACAGGCACGUGGAGGCUGCAAUGAAGUGCAUUAAGCACCUCAUACUGAAGGUGGCCCCAUCUGGAGACAUUGAUUGUGAGGAGUUUGAUCAAGGUUUGCUGGAGCUUCGCAACACUCCUAACUUCACCGGCCGCUCACCAGCGCAGAUGUUGUACGGCCGCCCACUUCAGUCAUGUGUCCCUGCCCACCCAGAUGCCUUCUCCAAGGAGUGGCAGUGCAGAGCCGAGGACUGUGACCGCCGUGCAGCUGUCCGUGCCGAAAGUGCAGCAGUACGGUAUGACAGCCAGGCACGGAAGCUCUCUAAGCUCAGUGUCGGCCAGCACGUCAGACUGCAGGACCCCAAAACUCACCGCUGGGACAAGGUCGGCAUUGUCAUGGGGGUUGGCAGAACCAGGACCUAUGAAGUGCGUGUCCCCAGUAGUCGGGUGUACUGGCGCAACCGUCGUUUCCUGCGUCCAGUGCCUCUACCCAACAACCCUCCGGAGUGUGGAGCCCAGUGCAGUGAGCCGCCAGUAGAAUUGCGCUGCUCAAAACGGCUCCAAGGCAGACUGCUCGAGACUGAGACUACAAGCGUGGAGGGGGGAGGGAGGUGUAUGUAUAUGUAA